GGUAACUCCGAAGACUCGGGUGCCUCGUCACCAGUGAACUUCGAGAGCGCUAGUGAUAUUGCCGAAGCCCUCCAUUCGAAAUUAAGAAGUUCGCCAGCACUUCCCCACUUCAUGUCCCUUCUGCAGCAUUUGUUUAUGGUACCAUCGGACGAGAAGCACCUCCCGCUGUGGCGGCUCUUCGAUUUAAUCCUUCAACAUCUUACUCUUCAAGCAACCGUUCAAGGAAUGAGUGACGUCGAGGAGGCAUUUGCCUCCACCAUUGACAUGGACGAAAUACUGACGAGAUUGCACACGCACUGUGACUAUGAGCGUUUGGAGAGCGAUAUGGAGCGCAUGAAAGAGGAGCUGGACCAAGAGCGAGUGCGAGCCAUGGAGCUCGACAACCGCAUAGCUGAUCUCAACGACGGAAGAGAUAGCAUCUCAAGCAGGUUUGCUCUUCUCCAUGGUGUCUGGUUCAGAGGAAUUAUAAGAGAUCUAUUCAGGAUUUCGACUAUUUCAUCGUCACCUUCCGAUCCUUGUCCCUCGUUAUCACCAUUGCCACCUAUUUGCCCACCGGCGACAGCCCCACCACCUCCUCCACCGCCCCUUGUACUAGGAGUGAUCAAGAAUAAUGAGACUCAAAAACGAGUGCCGAAACCCUCGGGACCAUUGAAGUCGUUCAACUGGAUAAAGCUUACAGAGUCCAAGGUCAAAGGAACAGCUUGGGAGUUCAUUGAAGAUGAGAAGAUGUAUAAGCAGCUGGACUUGGAAGAUGUGGCUUCGACAUUCGCAUCGAGCUCCCAAAAGGAAGAGGACACCGACUUUUACAGCACGAUAUCAAGGAGAACUAGGGAUACGCAGGUUUCGGUGAUCGAUCCGAGGCGUUAUCAGAACUGCACGAUUAUGCUCUCUAAGCUGAAGCUUUCCCACAGAGAAAUACGAACGGCACUCUUGGCGAUGGAUGACAAAGGGAAACUUCCCAAGGACAUGCUCGAACAAAUGCUGAAAUUUGUUCCGAGUAAGGAAGAGGUGACUCUGCUGCGAAGCGCUGUCAAUCGUCAUAGUUCGCCGUCGGUUCUCGCCUUGGCCGAUCGCUACCUCUACGAAAUGGCUCAGAUCCCGCGUUUUGAGCCACGUCUUCGCUCUCUCUACAUUAUCCGAACGUUCCAAGAGAGAUUCGACUGUCUGACUCCACACAUUCAGAGUGAGUUUGAAAAGGGCGAAACGGCCAACUCCUCGCGAAAAACUUUAGGGGCGCUGGAGCAGACAAAACGCUUCGCAAUUGAAAGACUCAAUCUUCGCAGU